CCUACAGCCCUUAAGUAAAUUAAAAGUGGCUAUUAAAUUACUUAUUAAGUUAUCAUUCUGAAUUGUUGUGUAGCGAAACGCGUUAGCCUGAAUUCCUGUGGUAGGCACUGGUUUACAAGUUUACACAACAAGCAAAACGUCACACUGUCAGUUCGUUCUAAACCGAAUGUUUACCCGGAAUUAGCCAUAUUUAGAAUAUUAUGCCGUAAGUAAACGUAAUCAAUUACAGCACAACAGUCAAAAUCAUUCAGUAGACGUUCUGUGUUCCGAGUCCAUUUCGAUGACGAACUUCGACUGAACGCUCUGACGUUCCAGCCGUUCGGAGCUGCUGUGGCAUGCUGUCUCCAUGGAAACCAGUUUAGUUGGUGCAGUGCGUUUGCGUGGUUUGAAUAUUCCUGCUUGCUAGCACAUCCACAAUAUAAAAGACGUAGCUUUUAUGAAAUGGUCCGUGUUGCCAUUUGAGGUAGAUUUACAGAGGAUUUACUUGAGGUGAGCAUUAACCAGACAAAAUGCACGGCUUUAUCGAGAGGAGUUUUUUCGACAGGCCAUUUUUUUCAACUUUGUUGUCAUAUUAUUAGCGAGCUAACGUCAACCGAGCAGCAGGGGCAGGUGAACAGGUACGUGUGAUCAGGUUAAGCAGCGAUUGUAGUUUAUCUUACAUUUAGGAAUAUCAGGGAUCUUUUCUUCACAUGACAACAGCCAUAUCUGGAUGGUUUUCAUCAUAAGCGGGGGAAGGAUUUUAUCUGACCACACGCACUCGACAUCUCUGCUCCAGUGGGAAAACGCGCACCAAAUCCAUCUUUUUUUCUCGGGAAGUAAGCAACACUUUAAUCGCAGGAAUCCCUUACUAUGUGCCGUCAGCGCAGGCGCGUCAGCUGAAAGCGCGUGUAGAAACUGCACAAACAAUUGAACACCACGCAAAUAAAUUAGUGAUAGAUCAAGCUUUGCAACCAGUGGGACGCGUUUGUCGUGGGAGGACCGUCCUCUCUUCAUCAAAGACAUCACAUCAGUCAUUCACUGUCAAGGAGCCACAAUAAUGACAGGACUUUGACACCCGCGUCUGACACAUUGACGAAGACACUUAGGACAGAUGUUUGUCAGGAAAAUGACGCCGAGUCAGUCCAGUUUGUUUGGAGAGAUAGAUGACCUGCAGGAUCUUACUUUCAUCGAGAGACCCAUACGCAGGAGCCUGAAGACUGCUGAAGAGAUUGACAAGCUCACUGUGGAUGAAGAUCUGAAUGACAUAGAGCGAGCAGUCUACCUUCUAAGUUCUGGUGAGGAUGUCCAACGGGCCAGCGUGAUCAUCAACCUGCCUAUCCUGGUGCGUCAAAACCCAGCAGAGACCUUUCGUAGGGUGGUGCCAAAAGUCAGGGAAGUGCUGCAUGUAGCUGGGGCGGAUAUGCAGCUCGCCGCAGCAGGAUCUUUCCUGACGGUCCUCCAAGAUGACAUUGUCCUCAUCCAGACACACACCCACUCAAUCUUGCAGAUAGUUCUCCUGAAUCUCGACCACAGGGACACAGUGGUCAGCAAUGCUUGGUUAGAGACGUUGCUGUCAGCAAUUGAUGCUUUACCAAAGGAGACUAUCAGGCAAGAGAUUCUGAGUCCUCUAUUAUCGAAGCAUCAGCUCUCCCAGUCUGUCCCGGCACGUCUGGCCAGCUGUCGCAUCUUAGGAAAAGUUGUUGGCAAGUUUGAGUCAUCAAUAGUAAAGAAAGACCUUUUGCCACUGAUCAGGUCGUUAUGCCAGGACGUGGAGUACGAGGUGCGCGCCUGCAUGUGCCGCCAGCUGGAGAACAUCACCAGGGGAAUUGGGCUGGACCACACUAAGGUUGAAGUGCUCCCUGAACUGGUUGAGCUGGCCCAAGAUGAAGCCAGUACUGUUAGACUGGCAGCUUUCGACACCAUCAUCAACCUCUUAGAAAUGUUUGACAGUGAUGACAGGACUUGUGUCAUAUUUCCCUUGGUGAAGGCAUUCUGUGAAAAAUGCUUCAAAGGAGAUGAGGCAGUAUUGGCCUCCUUGUCCUUCCAGUAUGGAAAACUUUGUCACGGGCUCUCAGAGUCUUUUACUGACGAGCAGCACCUCUGGUUUCUGGAGUUUUAUAAGAAGCUGUGCUGUCUGGGUCUGCAGCAUGAAAACGGGCAUUGCGAGAGCCAGCCCUACCCACUGGAGCUGGAGAACAAAUACGCCCUAGUGCGCAGGAACUGUGCCUACAACUUUCCUGCCAUAGUGUUAUUUGCCGAUCCAAACCACUUUCUGUCUGAAUUAUAUCGUACCUUCUCAAGUCUUUGUCAUGAUCCUGAGAUUUCAGUACGGAGGACGGCAGCUGGUGGUUUCCAUGAGGUGGUCAAAUUGCUGGGCCCAAAUGUGCAUUACAUACACAAAGAGCUAAUCACUUUGCUGCAGGAUGACUCAUUAGAGGUAUUGGAUGCUCUGUUGAACAAUCUUCAAGAGACUUUAGAGCUGGCCACUUCCAGAGGCGAGGGAGCAGGACCUGAGAGCAAGCAGGUGAAUAUACCAGACUUGGUGCCUGCUUUGGUAGCAGCAGAGCAAAAAGCAGCAUCCUCACUGCACUGGCGGGUUCAUGAGAAACUCCUCCAGUGCUACUCCUGUCUGCCUCGUGUCAUCUCUGGAGACCAGAUCUACUUCCGCUUCUUUCAAAGGAUGUUCAGCAUCAUCACUACCAAUAACGUUCUACCAGUCCAGCGGGAAGCUGUCAGGACGUUAUGCGUGUUCUUGCGCUAUAACCGCAAACAGGAACAGCGGCAAGAAAUAAUCAGCAAAAUAAAGCAAGACCUUGCUCAAGGUAGAAGCUACUGGAACAGGCUUCGCUAUCUGGACCUGUGUGAAAUCACAAUAGACCUCUUCUCCAAGUCGUAUUUUUGCAAACAUUUCCUCAUUCCAGCACUUGAGUUGGUCAGUGACCCCGUAGCCAAUGUCAGGUACAAGCUCUGUUAUAUGUUACCCAAACUGAGAUCCACCAUCAAGCCAACAGACAAACAUCUACUUCAGCAGCUGGAGUUCUGUGUGCGGAAAUUGUUGUGCCGUGAGAAGGACAAAGAUGUAGUGGUAACUUUGCGAAAGACAGUUCUAGAGCUUGACAAAAUGGAUAUAACAGAGCCGUAUCAUAAACGGCAUGAAAGAGAGCUUUUGGAUCAGAAAAAGGAGAAGGAGGAGACUCUUUUACUUGAAAUGGAACUGCUAGAACGACAGCAGAGUGAGGCGAAACUAGCUGGGGAUAAACAGUCGGAGAAGAAACAACGAGACAGCAAGUCAGGCCUCUCUGGUAGUAAAGGAAUGUCAGGAUCUACAUCAGGAGCAACAUCAUCCUCUUCUGCUGGUAAGGAGAUGCGGAGGGCCAAACUAGCUCGCAGUCGUUCCCUCAGCGGUCAUCCCACGACACCCAAGAUGACAAACCCAGACAAGUCCUUAAAAGUGAAGGACACAGGAAGUUGCCCUGGACCGGGAAAGAGCGCUAUGUUACCAUUAAAUGACGAUAAUCUGCGACCCCACCACUUUAAUGUUGCCUCAUCAAUCUCCGCCACCCCAUCAUCCUCCUCCAUGCCUGUCCUGAUCCGCAGCAACACGAGCAGCUCUGUGGAUCACCGGAGUAAUGGGAAUAAAGACACACAGUCUAGGAAACUCUCUGUACAGCGGAAGUCAAAUUCAUUUGGAAUGCAGUCUGGGAGAGAGUGAUUACCACUUUGCCUUCUGACUUAAAGCCCCUUUCUACAAGACUUUUCAUUCUGCAGCAGCAGUGUCCCUCCAUUUUGAUGUGUCCAUUCUCUUCUACACCAGAAACGGCUUAAGAUAUGCUGGGGCAUCAAUUAAGGUCUGCAUUGAUCCAUCUCUGCCUUAUUUCACACGACAACUCGCACCAUACGUCAUAAAAUGAAACCGAGAGUUGAGGAGUAAUUGAAUGUAUUUAAUUUACUGCCUCAUUAUUUUGUUUCUUGUAUUAUAGCAUGCUUUGCAAAUUCUCUGUUUUAUAUUUUUGAAGUGGCUAAGAGAAAAAGAAGCACUAUGUAUUUUUAUGAUUGAAGAGUUUUGGAACUCUCCAUCCCAUCCCACCAAUGAAAUUGUGCCUGGUGCUGCCCAGCACCUGAUUGAUUAACGCCAACAUCUUAGUACCCAAUGAAUAAAAUUCAUGUUGAAUAUGACGUGCUUUAAUGAGUUGCAUUUGAACAGCCUGUUAAAGUGCUGAUAUGAAUACUAUGCUGAUACUGACAAAUCUCCAGAAGCACAAAAAACAAGUUACUUGUCACAUGUAACGUUAUACUGUGUAGGCAACACUCCAUGCCAACAAUAAAUCUCCUAAAUCAACCAUUU